CUCCCUCACCUUCUGGCUUUGCCAUGCCCUGCUCUGAAGAGACACCCGCCGUUUCACCCAGCAAGUGGGCCUGGCCCGAGGAGGAGGGCGGCAUGCAGCUCCGCUUUGCCAGGCUCUCCGAGCAUGCCAUGGCCCCCAUGCGGGGCUCUGUGCGGGCCGCGGGCUACGACCUGUACAGUGCCUAUGAUUACACAAUCCCACCUAUGGAGAAAACUCUUGUGAAAACAGACAUACAGAUAGUGCUUCCUUCUGGGUGUUAUGAAAGAGUAGCUCCACGGUCUGGCUUGGCUGCAAAACACUUUAUUGAUGUAGGAGCUGGUGUCAUAGAUGAAGAUUAUAGAGGAAAUGUUGGUGUUGUGCUGUAUAAUUUUGGCAAAGAAAAGUUUGAAGUCAAAAAAAGGGAUCGAAUUGCACAGCUCAUUUGUGAACGGAUUUUUUACCCAGAAAUAGAAGAAGUUCAAGCUUUGGAUGACACCGAAAGGGGUUCAGGAGGUUUUGGUUCCACUGGGAAGAAUUAAAAUUUAUGCCAAGAACAGAAAACCAGAAGACAUACCUUUUUCUUAAAAA